AUGCGAAAAGUUGACAUGCGGACUAUACCAUGGUUAUCUUUUCUGUAUUUACUUUGCUUCCUCGACAGAACGAGUAUUGGAAAUGCAAAGCUGUACAACAUGGAGGCGCAAUUAGGACUAACUGACACUCAGUAUUUGAUAUGCCUGACGAUUUUCUUUAUAUCCUACGCAUUAUUCGAGGUGCCCUCAAACGUCGUCUUGAAACGUCUAAAACCCUCCGUAUGGCUUUCGACGCUCAUGGUUCUUUGGGGUAUCAUGAUGGUUGUGCAAGGCCUAGUGCACAACUACAGCGGUCUACUAGUAAUGAGAUGGAUGCUUGGCGCCUUCGAGGCUGGACUUUUUCCCGGAGUCACCUACUAUCUCUCAUGCUGGUAUAAGCGUUCGGAAUUUGGUGUCCGCGCUGCCAUAUUCUUCUCGGCUGCGACCAUUUCUGGCGCAUUUGGUGGCCUUCUCGCUGUCGGCAUAGCCAAGAUGAAUGGGAUCGGUGGAAAGCCUGCCUGGGCGUGGAUAUUUAUCAUCGAGGGCCUUGUUACCGUCGUGGCAGGUGCUGUCUCUUACUGGAUUAUCGUCGACUUCCCGGACAACGCAACGUUCCUUACCGAGGCCGAGCGGACUGUCGUUAUUCGCCGCCUGCAGGGUGACGCCCAGUUCAGUGCUGCUGGAGAGAAGAUGCAGUGGCGACACAUCAAAAAGGCACUGACCGAAUGGAAAACCUACCUUGCCAUGAUUGUCUACGCCGGAAUUGACAUGCCUUUGUAUGCAUUCGCGUUGUUCUUGCCGAGUAUCAUUAACCACGUGAGAUACUCUGCAACUAAAGCGAAUCUACUAACCGUCCCUGUUUAUGCGCUUGCUUGCAUAUCUACUUGCCUCGUCGGCUUCCUCGCCGACCGGCACGGCAACCGUGGGAUGUUUAACUUCAUUCUGCUUUCCAUCGCCGGUGUUGGAUACAUCAUCUUGAUAGUCUCCCGCGACGCCGCAUUGUCAUACUUUGCGGUAUUCUUAUCUGCUUGCGGCAUUUACCCUUGCAUUCGUGAUGCCUGGAUGUCUAACAAUUCAGAGGGAACAUACAAGCGUAGUGUCGCUCUUGCGAUGGUCAUCAGCUGGGGUAACUUGCAAGGCGCCGUUAGUUCCAACGUCUAUCGUGCAAACCAGACACCUUGGUACCCAUUAGGCCACGAACUUGUGCUGAUGUACAUCGGAACUGGUCUCAUCGCUACGGCCACAUUCAGGUUCCUCUUAAAGCGGGAGAACGCUCGUCGGGACCGCGGAGAGCGAGACGAAAUCAUCGAGGGACGUGAGGGAGGCUUUGAAGUCAACGGUCGUUUCGCAAGCGUUGAAGAUGCCAAGAGGGAAAAGGGAGACGAAUGGAGUGGGUACAGAUACACUCUAUGA